AUGGUUCAAAUAUGGUACGCUGCAACAGCGCUAUUACUGCUGAACCCCGUCCCUGUCCUCUGCGGCGGUCAUAACUCUCGAAUCGUGGAAAAGAUUAGGGCCGAAUUCAAACUACCCGGAUUCGCUGUUGGGUUGGUUAAGAAUGGCCAUUUGCAGUAUGAAGUCGUUGGUCGACGGAGAAUCACGGAUCCAAAUCCGAUCAAACGUACAGAUAACUUCCACCUGGGAUCGAAUACGAAGGCAAUGACUGGUACCCUGAUUGGAAUGAUGGUCGAUAGAGGCUUGAUUUGUUGGAACAGCACUCUUCCGGAGGUGUUGCCUGAUUUUGCCGACAUCAUGGCUGAUGGCCAUCGACAAACCACUGUCGCCAUGCUCGGCGCCCAUAGAUCGGGUAUUUUCGACGAUUACUCAAAAGAUCUGGAUUUUUACCUUGGUCUUUAUGACCUCGCCCCCGUUGAGGGCCGAAAGUCGAUGAUAAAGCAUACCCUCAGCAAGGAGCCAGAGGCCGUCAGAGGCCAAUAUGUCUAUGAUAAUACCAACUACGUGAUACUAGGCAGGAUCAUCGAAAAUUUCAUGGGAGGUGGAGCAUCUUCUUGGGAGGAGAUAAUCACCUCUGAGCUUUUCAACCCUCUCGGAAUGAGAUGCGGGUUUGGCACGCCUACUGAAUCAUCGGAAACGUCCAUCGACAACCCCUGGGGCCAUUAUUUUUACAAUUCUUCAUCCAGCCCCGAACCUGUGGGAGGUCCGCUGGUCAGACGAGACAACCCACCCGCCGUUGGGCCUGCAGGUGCUGUCCACUGUGAUAUCAAGUCGUACAUGAACUUCCCUAGGAUGCAUAUCGAUGGAUUCAACGGCCGACGUACAAAACUUGGAAUAAGCAAGGAAACGUUUAAGAUGUUGCAUACACCAUACCCAUCGUCCGACGGCGACCAAUACACCCACGGUGGUUGGAUUUACUCCAACGGAACCCAAACUCCCUGGGCUCAUGGACCAACGUUGGGCCAUGAAGGUUCAAAUCGGUCAAACUACGCGCUGGUUUUUCUUGUCCCGAAGCGUGGUCCUGCUGGGGAAAUCAUCACCGGCUUUACAAAUACGGGUAAUUAUAUCCUGGAGGCGGGCACGGCACCAGCAGCGGAUGCGAUGUAUAGAGCUGUUCUGGAAAUCGUUGAAGGCCGUCUGUUCACUGUUCUGCAGAAAGAUGACCGGGCCGGUACGAAGCUCGAUCAUAAUGAUAUCAGCUUACCCGAUGUGACAUCUAGCGGGCGGAACCUGGAUGCUGAAACGACACCAAAGGCAAAGCCGACCAUACCGGCAUCUAGCAUCCCACCUAUAACCCUCGAGGAGCCUUCAGUUACGAUAGAAGGUGAAAAGGAGGCCGUCACGCCGUCCUCUGGGCCAGCAAUAGGUCCAGAUGCUAGAACACAAGCCGUAACCCCUCCAGAUAUUCGAGUUCCCCCUCCAAGGAUGACACUUGAUCCUCCCGCGCAAGCUGUCAAGGCACAGGCACAAGAGCAACGUCUCUCUACGCCGACAAGUGCAUCAUUGAUGCUUCCUCCACCUCCGCCACCACCUUUCUCUCGAACGUCUGCCAGGGCUCCUCUCCGGCCCCCACCAUCCGCCGCGGCCUCCCUUCGUGUCCCGCCUGGUUCACGACCUACAUCCAGCACCUUACCCGUUCUUCCUCUCCCCGGCAAACCACAACGAUCAUCUCGUCCGGUCAUGUUAGAACCAGGCCAUUCUCCGCUUGACUGGGCAGCUCUAACAUCCGACCCGAGAAACAAUCUUCGCGGUGCCGAUCUGCCACCUACCUUAAUCAGAGUCACUCCGUCGGUGUUGAAGCAAUAUAACGGACGAAAAGGCCGUGAUGCAUGGACAUCGUAUCAAGGAAAGGUGUAUAACAUCACCCCAUUCGUACCGUUUCACCCUGGUGGAAAGGGAGAACUCCUGCGCGGUGCCGGGAAAGAUUCAGAGAAGCUAUUUGCUGAGAUCCACCCUUGGGUAAACUGGGAUGGGAUGCUGGCCGAGUGUAUGGUUGGAAUUUUGGUUGCUGAACAUGCUGCUGUUGAUAAAGAGGGCGGAGAACUAGAAGAGAUGGAUUAG